AAAUACCAGGAUUGGACUGGAAAGGACUUAUAAUAAUAAUAAUCUUCUCAGAUGAAACACUUGUUUUAUGGGGUUUUCGCGUUUCCAAGGGAAUGGGUUUACUCACAGUUUAGCUUAAAACACUGUUCUGAAUGCGUAUGAGCUCAAAACAUCCUUAAAAGUCUCAUAAAUCCAGGAGUAAUUUAGUGAUCAAUUUGUUUUUACUAAAAACACUGCAGAUCCUAAUACCAUUAAGAACCUAUCAACGCUUUGUAUAAACCUGACAUAUUUCUCAUUAAAACCCAUUCAAGAUUUUAAAACAUUUAUCAUUGAACCUUACUAUGCUGUACAAACAUGUGGCAAAAAGAUUUAACAUUACUGUAAAGUGUAUGAAAAACCGAUUUUCUGUUAAUCUCUCAGCUUUUGCCCACAACUGUACAGUGUUUGUGGUGUUCUGUAUUUUCCUCCACAUGUGGUCUUAGGUGUGAUGAAUAAUUCAGGAGGCUUAUGAGAAGUCUUAACAACUAAGAACUGAUCCAGGUUCAUGACAAGUAACCAGAAAUGCACUUUGCACAUAAACAGACUGAAGGGUAGCUUACCUGAGAUCAGCGAUGAGGAUGGGGAGGUAACUGGAGAGCACUUUGGAGUCAUGGAGAGAAACAAGGCUGCUCAGGUUUCAGAGGAACAAAAGAGCUGAGGGGAACAAGGAAGAUGCAGUCUUUGCUCAGUGUGAAGGGUUAAAAUAGGUAUAAGUUUUAAAUCAACUUAUUUAAUCUGCUGCUUUAAGCAAGAUGGAAGAUUCUGCCAGGACUUGUGUAAUGAUUGUGUGUUUUCCAGCUGAGGUGAAAAGAUUGGUUAACAAGUAAACACAGAGAACAAGGAGAAACACUAGAACUGAGGGGAAAGGGUUAAUGGCAUUUUAAAAGUAUUUAAAAGGAGAGGCAAGAAGUAGAUGAAGGAAAAAAAGAGAACCAAAACUAUUCCUCAGCAAGCUGAUUUCUUCUCUGGACCGGCCUACCGUGGACUCUCUACCCUUUCAGCCUGCCUGGGAUUGGAUGUCCAGGAAGGCCAAAGGUCCACUGUGAGCCUUCUCCCAGCGGCUCCACCUGGAAAAGAUAGACAAUGGACAAUUAUACACAAAUUUCCAGAGAGGAUCUAGAAGAACUCAAAGAGGCCUUCAAUAAAAUUGAUAUUGACAAGAGUGGCUAUGUGAGUGACUUCGAGCUUCAGGAGCUGUUCAGGGAAGCGAGUCUCCAUCUGCCCGGGUACAAAGUGCGAGAGAUCAUAGAGACCUUUGUCACCGGAGAUACAAACAAAGAUGAAAAAAUCAGCUUUAGUGAAUUUGUUGGUAUUUACCAAGAGCUGAAGAGUAAGGAGUUCAGUGAGACGUUCAAAAAGGUCCUCACUAGGAAAGAUGGUAUCUACUCCUUCGGAGGCACGUCAGGAGUCUCCUGCGAGGGAACACAGCACUCCUAUUCUGAUGAGGAGAAAGUAGCUUUUGCUAGAUGGAUCAACAAAGCUUUGGAAAAAGAUCCUGACUGCCACCAUCUGCUGCCCGUGAACCCAAACGAUGAGAACCUUUUUGCCUCACUCCGAGAUGGCAUCGUGUUAUGUAAGCUCAUCAAUCUGUCCCAGCCUGACACGAUUGAUGAAAGAGUCAUCAACACAAAGAAACUUACCACCUUCACAAUGAGGGAAAAUAUUGUUUUGGCCAUGAAUUCAGCCUCAGCAAUUGGCUGCACUGUGGUGAGCAUUGAUGCCCAUGACCUGAUGGUUGGGAAACCCCACCUGGUCCUGGGACUGCUCUGGCAGAUUAUCAAGGUUGGCCUCUUUGCUGAUAUAGAAAUCACCCGAAACGAAGGCUUAAUUUCCCUUCUGCUGGAAGGUGAAGAGCUGGACCAUCUGGUAUCUCUGUCUCCUGAGGAGCUGCUUCUACGUUGGGUCAACUAUCACCUAAUCAAUGCAGGAACAGAAACAAUCAGCAACUUCAGUGCUGAUAUUAAGGACUCGAGGGCCUACUUCCACCUGUUGGACCAGAUUUCCCCUCAAGAUGAAGAUGAAUUCCACAUGGGGAUCAAAAUCAACAUGGCUGGCCUCAGUGAGCGGGAUUUGGAGCGAAGGGCUGAGCUGAUGCUGCAGGAGGCGGCCAAGUUAGACUGCCGGCAGUUUGUUUCUCCUCGCGACGUCACGUCUGGAAACAGCAAACUCAACUUGGCCUUUGUGGCCAACUUGUUUAACAUGCAUCCUGGUCUGCAGAAGACUAUGAUUAACCUGGAAGGGGAACAUAUUGAGGUGGAAACCAGAGAAGAGAAAACAUUUCGCAACUGGAUGAACUCUCUGGGUGUCUCUCCAUGUGUAAACCAUCUUUACCGGGACCUUUGUGAUGGCUUGGUGAUUUUGCAGCUUCUAGAAAAAGUCAGCGUGACAGUGAACUGGAAGAUAGUCAACAAUCCUCCUUAUCCUCAACUGGGGGGAAAUAUGAAGAAGCUGGAGAAUUGUAACCUCGCUGUAAAGUUGAGCAGAGAUGAAGCUAACUUCUCUCUGGUCGGAGUCGGAGGAGAAAACCUAAACGAGGGGAGUCGCACACACACCCUGGCUCUGGUCUGGCAGCUGAUGAGAAGGUACUCUGUUCUGGUUCUGUCCAAUCUGGGCCACGGAGAGAAAGUUGUGGAUCAGUUUAUCCUGAACUGGGUCAAUGCCACCCUGAAGGAGAAACGAAAGAACACACAGAUCAGCAGCUUUAAGGACAAACUAAUCAGCACCAGUUUGCCAGUGAUUGACCUGAUUGACGCCAUCGCCCCUAGCAUGGUCAAGUGGGACAUGGUAAAGACAGGAGAAAACGGAGUCCUGAAGAAUGAUGAGAAACUCAAUAAUGCCAAGUAUGCAAUCUCAUUGGCCCGAAAGAUCGGCGCUCGUGUCUACGCCCUGCCCGAUGACCUGGUGGAGGUAAAACAUAAAAUGGUGAUGACGGUGUUUGCCUGCCUCAUGGGACACGACUUGAAAAGAAGCAAACGCUAAACAGAAAACCAGGAUUUUAAAAAAAAAUAAACAUAAAGUAGCAUUUUUUUCAUUGUCACUUUUUUUUCUUGGAGCUGCAAGUUUGCUACAAUCACCAGGCAGAACAAAUCUAUUGGCCAUUCUUUGUUUUCCUUCCUCAUAGCUUUAAGGAUUAAGCAUUUGGAUUAAUUUCCUGUUUGUAAAGCUGCUGCAUUGGUUUAUCUAUGAUUUAUACAUUUUUUUUAACACUUAUUUGCUUAAUACAUAUUAAGACAUUCCUAUUAUACAGUAUUCACUUCCUCUGCAAUUUAAGAUGAACCACACAGUAAAACAGAAUCACACAAAUGCCUUCUUGUAAAGCCCAUUAAUGUUGUGCAUUGAAUAUUGCUGUUGAAUUGCUGUAGAUGACAACUAUUAAAUUUAGAAGUUCAAAAUUUG